UCAAACGAGCGAUAAGGAAUUAAUAACAAACAAACCAAAAUGCAUAAUUUCGAUGCUGCAAUUUCGAUUCCUAGUGUACAAAAUGAUACCAACGAAUUCGACGAAUACAUUAAAUCAGAGCUAGCAGACUAUGAUCCGGAGGUUAAUGGAAAUGAUCGAAUGGAGGAAAAGGUUUCCACUGUACAAGACGAGGUAAAAAGUAAUAGAAAGCUUCACAAAUGUAACGUGUGUGACGAAUUGUUUUUAAGCAAAAAGAACUUAAACAUACACAAUAAGCUUCAUGUUGAUAAGCUCGGCUAUAAAUGCAACGUUUGUGGCAAAGGAUUUAAGGAAAAGCUUGGACUGAAGGAACACAAGUACUUACACACCGGAGAUCGUCCUUUCAAGUGUGAUGUGUGUGGUAAAGGUUUCGUGCGUAAACAGAGCCUAAUGUCCCACGUGGUCCGCCACCCGAGAGAUAUUCCUUUACGCAAAUGUGAUGUGUGUGGCAGAGAAUUUGAUACCGAUCGUUGCUUGAACGAUCAUUCAAAAUUACUAACAUGCGAUAUCUGUGCGAAAACGUUUUUUCAGAAGAACCACUUGAUAGCACAUAUGAACUGUCACACUAAAAUCAAGCAGAACAGAGAGGAAAUAGUUGCGGAUGUGUCUUCCGAGCAAGCAAUCGCUUCAGUACGGCCAUACAAGUGUAGCAUUUGUGGAAAACGUUACACCCAGAAAAAACAUCUUACCAGGCACUCCUGGAAGCAUCUCAUCGAACGUCCCUUCAGUUGCGAAAUCUGUGGCAAAAAAUUCAUGUACAAUCAAGACAUUACCAAGCAUAUGCUUAUACAUACGAAAAAUUACGAUCAUGUUUGUGAUGUUUGUGGAAAAGGAUUCUAUUCGCCGUGCUACUUGAAAAGGCACAAAGUCUCCCAUAGCGGCGAGCGAUCGCACAAAUGCACUGAAUGCGAUAAAGUUUUCAUGGAUAAAUAUUGUCUGAAAACACACAUGCUACUUCAUACAGAUUCGCCGUACCAGUGUGAUCUAUGUGACAAAAAAUUUGCCCAAAAAAGCACACUACUCGGUCAUCUUCGAGCACAUACCGGAGAGCGGCCUUUCAGUUGCGACAUCUGUGGUAAAGAUUUUCGCUUGAAUAGCCAUCUCAAAUUUCACAUGUCCAUCCAUACGAGAGAGUUUCUGUAUAGCUGUGAGGUGUGUAAAAAAGGUUAUAAUACUAAAUAUCAAUUGCGAAAACACAUGCCCAAACAUCAAGAACCGCUGUGCAUUAGGAAAAAACUGAUAGAGAACAACGAGACAUCCAGCAGUUCGCUCGCCGAUCAGGAAAGGCCAUACGAAUGUGAACUCUGUGGCAGACGGUAUCUUCACAAACGCCAUCGCACCGCCCACAUCAAGACAAAUCACAGCGAGCAAAGCUUCCGUUGUGAUAUCUGCGAUGAAACAUUUCACAAAAAGUUUAGUUUUAACACACACAUGCUAGCCCAUACCGGUGCUUACCGGUUCAAAUGCAGUGUGUGCGGUAAAGGAUUCACUACUAAUUCAAGCCUUAUAUUGCACACACGGAUUCAUACCGGCGAGCGACCAUACGAAUGUACGGUGUGCGAAAAACGUUUCCAAACGAAGGGUAACUUAGCAAUGCACACCGUCAUUCAUUCCGGUGAACGGCCUUUCAAAUGUACUGUGUGCGACAAAGACUUCACCCAACAGUGGGUCCAUAAGAGGCAUAUGUUGCUUCACACCGGUGGUUUCCAGCACAGGUGUGACGUUUGUGAUAAAGCAUUUUUUACUGGGACUGAGUUGAUGAAACACAAGCUGAGACAUAACGACGGGACGCCACUUGUGUGAGUUUUCAGCAAACCAACUCCUGAUUGGCCGCUUUUGAGUGCAUUAAACCAAUCGGCAAGAUCCAGCGAAACAUUUUGAUCACAGAUAUUGAUAGUUUAAUCGCAAUAAAUAUGUUAACAAAA